GGUCAAGGUUUUAACCCUGAACAGUGGCGACAUGACAUUCUGUUUCAAUGUUAUAUUCAGUUUUAAUUGUACAUUGAUGCAUAUAUUGUACUUGUUCGCGGUAAUACCGAGCAUCAAUGUACUUCUUUGGACCGUUCAAUCAGAAACGAGUUGUAGCGAUUAUAGACGAUCUUCGCCGUUCGCCUUGUCAACAGAUGAAUUCGCCUACGCCUGUGCUAGCCUAGCAUUCCAUCACGUUAGCUUCUGGCUGCUUUACAAACGCUUACCGGUUCAACAUAAAGCGUGAAGAAAAUAACGAGCUGCCGGAGGACACCUGCUUGUCACGACUGACAUGUUCCACUUUCCUCGCCGACAGAUCAUCAACGCGUUGAAGAUGUUAACGGGCAGCGAGGGAGUUUUUUUAUGACACGCUCAUGGGCAAAUAAAGCUCACGAAUGGAAAACCAGAUGAGGAGCUCUGAAGAUGAUGGUGGAGGAGGGCGAGGCCUGCUCCAUAUCUGGAAGGGCUACUAUUACCGUGUGGCCCCCGAGAAACUGCUCCUCCCCCAUCCAGUUCUCCAGGUCGCUCUGGGUAGAAACCAUGGAGUUCUGCUGGUGGAAGGCGGACAGGUGUUUACAUUCGGACACUGUCCAUGGAAACAGAGUCAGGCGACAGAGUUUGUGGCGCCCACUCUGGAGGGCGCACUCAGCGGACAGCUGGUUGUGGCUGUGGCUGCCGGAAGCUACCACAGCGGGGCGGUGACAGACGGCGGCGGCGUCCACAUGUGGGGCGACAACACCGCCGGACAGUGUGGUUUGUCGGGGCUCACCUCCGUCCCCAACCCGACUCCAGUCGCUCUGGCGGACUCUGAUUGUAGCUCCUUGCCGUCGGUGCCUGUACUGGAGCUGGCCUGUGGGGAAGAGCACACCUUGGCGCUGUCGGUCCAGCGGGAAGUGUGGGCUUGGGGCAGCGGCUGUCAGCUGGGCCUCGGUGCUACCGUUUCUCCCGUCUGGAAACCACUAAAGGUUGAGCACCUAGCAGGCAGGUUUGUACUUCAAGUGGCCUGCGGGGCCAAGCACAGCCUGGCCCUGGUGCGCCGCCUAGGCCCCCGGGACAUCCAGCGGCCCCCGGCCGAUAAAUGCGGGCAGUGUGAGCAACUGCUCUUCACCAUGACGGACAAAGAGGAUCAUGUCAUCAUCUCUGACAGUCACUACUGCAUUCCUUGCUUAGAACAGCAGGAGGAGAGGCUCCAAACGCCUUCGAUAAAUCCUGCGCUGAAAAUGUCUCCAUCAGAACCUGCCCUUUCCUCCAAAACCUCCACAUCACCGCCUCAAUCUGUGUCUCCGGCACCUGUCAAUAACUCUGAAUUAGAAAAUGCGGAGACUCAAGAGUCAUCUGCGGCCGGCGAGGAACCGCCUGCUUCAAACUUUGACCUUUCAGGGACAAAGUCAAGUGGGGCACCAAGUGCCAAGGCUUCUCCUUAUCCAGAUGAACAGGCCGUCAAAGAUUACCUGAAGAAGCUCUCAGAUAGCACCCAGGCUGAGAAAACACCAAAGGUGACACUUGGAGGACUACACACGCUGCUGCCCUCAGCGGCCGGACUCAUCAGCGCCUCCUCCAACAAUCCCCUCAACAACCUGGUGGCCUCUUGCGCUUCGGCCGUCGGCGAAAGGGUCGCCUCCACCUACGAGGCGUUGUCCCUGAAAAAAAUGAUGAACAUGUACCUUCCCACGUCGCGCGGGUCAGUCAAGCAAACGGCCGCCGCUCACCCAGCGGGUGAGAACGGCGCCGAGCGUGUCCGACAGGAAGACUCUGCGCAGGCCAAGAAGAGUUCCAGCACUGGCGACAUCCACGAGGAGGAGGCGGAAGGCCCGCGUCGCCGCUUGUCGCUCCCGGGACUCCUCUCACAGGGUAGAUACGCUGUUCACCUCUUAUCCUCCUCCUAUGGGCUGCUGUUGUCCCCACGACUGCUACGCAAGGCCGGCCGUUCAAAGAUGGCCGCCGCCGCGGCUCUGACCUCAUCGGGAAUGGCGACUCCGGCGGAUCAAGAGGUGCUGCCCUCCCUGCAGACGGAGGUGUGGAGCUGGGGCCAAGGCCAACAUGGGCAGCUCGGCCACGGGGACAACGCGGACAGAUCGCAGCCGCUCUGCAUCAAAAGUCUCAAUAGUAAAGAGGUGGUGCGAGUGGCAGCCGGUUCUCAUCAUUCCCUCGCACUGACUGCCCAGUCGCAGUUGUUGUCGUGGGGAAGUAAUAGCCAAGGUCAGCUGGGCCACAUGGAGUCCCCCAGCACAGUCCCUCGUCCAGCCAAGCUGUCAGAGGGAAUCCGGGUGUGGGACGUGAGCGCCGGAGAGUGUCACACGCUGCUGCUUGCUGAUGGAGACUGCAUGCAGCCCAUCAUCUAUUACAGUGGAGAGCAGGUGAAAGAGGGCAAGCAGCAAGACGGAGACAAGGAAGAAGAGGGGGAGGAGUCAUGUGACGGCUACGCCCGGCAGCCUGUGCUGCUUCCCUUCUGCAUGAACUUAGGAUUUGUGAGCAGCGUGUUUGCUGGCGGCCAGCAGUGCGUGGCACUCUCAGACAAGAACGUGAUGGGCUUCAUCGCCAGCUUGCACGAGCUGGCGUCGGCCGAGAGGAAAUUCUACUGCAAGCUGUCGAGCAUCACGACGCAAGUCUUGAGCCCCUUGAUGGCUCUCGAAUCUCUGAGCGCCAACCUCGGCCCGGUCAUCUUCAAGAUCCUGCGGACGCUUGCCGGUCAGUUUGGGCACUUGUGUCAUCUGACCGGGCAGCACGCCGUCAGUCUCACCGCCAACCUCCGGCGCAGCCGCAGUCUUAAAAGUCUGUUUAUCCUCGACCACACCAGCAUCUUCCUGGACUCCUACAAAGACUACAGCAGCUCUUUGGACGACUUCCAGGUGAUGGGAGGCUUCCCGACCCUCGCCAAACCCUCGCUCGAUUGUUUUGGAAAGAGUCCCGAGCUCCUUCAGAAGUUGUCCGAGUGCAGUGAGGGGAACCUCGCCGUGGUGGACCUCCUGCAAGCGCUCUUCUACCUGCCCGCUCUUCACCUCCAAGAGUACGGACGGCUCCUGCUCAAACUGGCCACGUGCUUUGAAGUUAGCUCCAGCGAAUACCAACGACUGCAGGAGAGCUGCUCCAAGUUUGAAGCUUUGGACCUUCUGCUGAAGAAGAAGAAGAAGGAAGCCGAGUACACCUUUCUUUUCUGGAAAGGCUUCCCCGGCAAGAUGACUGACUCUUUACGAAAGCCUCACCGCCGCCUCAUCUGCGAGAGUAGCAACAAAGCUCUGACGCUGCAGAACGCCGGAAGGUUCUCUGUUAACUGGUUCAUCCUUUUUAAUGACGCUCUCGUCCAUGCGCAGUUCUCCACCCAUCAUGUCUUCCCCUUGACCACAUUGUGGGUGGAGCCUAUUCCAGAGGACAACACUGGCCUCUACGGACUGAAACUGAUCACACCAGAAGAAAUGUUCACCCUGUUAGCCAGCUCCGCCAUGGAGAAGGCCAAGUGGAUCCGUUGCCUCAACCAAGCAGUGGCUCAGGCCCUCAGCUUAGGUGAGGGACAAACGUUUGAGCCUCCCAUUUGCAGGAGCGCCACGUAUACGUUUUACAAGGACGGACGGCUGAAAGAGGCCACGUACGAGGGCCGCUGGCUAGCCGGAAAGCCCCACGGAAGAGGCGUGAUCAAAUGGCCUGAUGGGAGGAUUUACACAGGCUCGUUUAAGAAUGGACAGGAAGAUGGGUUUGGGGAAUGUGUGGCUCCGAAUAAGAGCCUGGACACAAACGAUCGCUAUCAAGGUCACUGGAAGGACGGCAAGAUGCACGGCGUGGGCACGUACAGAUAUGCCAGCACCGAGGUCUACGACGGCUCCUACCAGGAAGGCCUGCGGCACGGCCACGGGAUGCUGCGGAGCGGCAAACUCAACACCUCCUCGCCUAGCGUAUUCAUCGGCCAGUGGGUGAACGACAAGAAGACAGGCUACGGCGUCUUUGACGACAUCACUAAAGGCGAAAAGUACAUCGGCAUGUGGCAGGACAACGUGCGGCAAGGCAACGGGGUCGUCGUCACGCAGUUCGGCCUUUACUACGAAGGAUCUUUCAAAGACAAUAAGAUGACGGGCAGCGGAAUCCUUCUGUCUGAGGACGAUACGACGUACGAGGGGGAGUUCUCCGAUGAUUGGACACUUAGCGGCAAGGGAGUGCUGACGAUGGCCAACGGCGACUACCUGGAAGGCUCCUUCAAUGGCGAAUGGGGCGCCGGUCCCAAAGUGACUGGCUCCUACUUUAAGCCGCAGAUGUUUGAAAGUGACAAGGACAAGAUUCGAUCAGUGAAUCUGGGCCGUCUUUGCGUGAGCGCCGAGGAGAAGUGGCAGGCGGUGUUUGACGAGUGUUGGCGCCAACUCGGCUGCGAGACCCCCGGCCAGGGUGACAACUGCAAAGCGUGGGACAAUAUUGCCGUUGCACUCACCACCAACCGACAACACAUUCUGGACAGGUUUGUGGCCACUUUUUUAUUGAUAAUCCCCGCCCCCUCUCCCUUUUCGUCACAUUUGAAAAUUAUUCAUGCGUCUCUCAGUCCAGAACCCCUGUCUCGAAGUCACAGCAGAACUCUGGAGGGCUUAGAGGUGAUCCCUCAGCAUGACGGUCCCAUGACAACGGAGCGAUAUCACGCCAUCCAUCUUUACCUCAUCAAGGCAUGUGACACCCCGCUUCAUCCGCUGGGCAGGCUUGUGGAAGCCUUGGUGGCGGUCUACCGGAUGACGUACGUCGGCGUCGGCGCCAACCGACGGCUCCUGCCGCAGGCGGUCUGCGAGUUAAAAUCUUAUCUCAACCGCAUCUUCCAGAUUGUAAACUUUCUGUUCCCAGACUUGCCAGAAGAUGGCGGUAUAAUUCGAGAGCCAACCGACCUCGGGGAGAAGGAAUCGGACUGUGAAGUCUCCAAGCAGGAUUUGAACGUGAAUCUGGAGCGGUCGCUCCGUAACCACGUGGUGAGCAGCUUGGCUCUGCUGCUCCCUGUGCUGUUGCCCCGCCUCUACCCGCCGCUCUUCACCCUCUACGCUCUGGACAAGGAGCGAGAGGACGAUGUCUACUGGGAGUGCGUCCUCCGCCUCAACAAGCAGCCCGACCUGGCUCUGCUCGCCUUUCUGGGUGUCCAGCAGAAGUUCUGGCCCAUUUCAGUCUCCAUGCCAGCACCUGCGGAAAACCUCCAGGUUCUGUCAGGCACCAAGGAUACUUGCUUCGCUUCUGCAGUCGAAACUCUGCAGCAAAUUAGUACAACAUUCACCCCAUCAGACAAGCUCCAUGUGAUCCAGCUGACCUUCGAGGAGAUCACAAAAGAAGUGCAGUCACUUCUGAAUCAGGACUUCCUGUGGUCCAUGGAUGACCUAUUUCCCGUUUUCCUCUACGUGGUCCUGCGUGCUCGAAUUAGAAACCUCGGGUCAGAGGUCAACCUGAUCGAAGACCUGAUGGACCCUUGCAUCCAGCACGGAGAGCAUGGAAUCAUGUUUACAACUCUGAAGGCCUGUUACUACCAGAUCCAGCAUGAGAGGAUCACUUAAUGCUGCAGCAGCAGCUACUUUGACCGACGCGUGCGCCGUGGCUCCUCCCCCCGCCAUCAGCCCUGCCACUAAGCGCUCCAUCUGCUGCUGGCAUUUAUAGGAUAGGAAGACCGCCUUCCCCCUUUUGUGACCACGAGCGGCCGCCGCAGUGUUGUUCCCGCCAUGUACAGUAUGCACUACUUCCACAUGUGAAAAAAAUCCUGAACGUUUUGACAAGUUAUCUGAGCGUGUACAACACUAUACAUAGUAAUUCCUUCUCUUUUUUUUUUUCUGUCAGAAGACAUGAUUGAUUUUAAUCCAUCAGGGCUGUCCGUGGGACAAUUGCAAGCCUGUAAAGCAAUUCAAGCCAUAAAUCUAGCAAGCAGUGCUCCAGCUAGCCAAAAAAAUAAUAAUAAAUUGGACAGAAAGCAUACUAGGGUCGACGCAACGGAACCCGAUGCAUGCUCGUUUACUGUAGGUCACAGUUCUCACAAACGUUGUCAUUUUGUAAGAAUUCACUACAGAUUGUUUAAUCAUUGUGAUUAUUUGGUGUUCUCUGAUUAUUUAAAUGUGAAAGUGAUUGCAGCCACAACUGAGACCUUCUUGUGAAUGACACUAAAAACAGACUAUUUUUCCUCAGUUUACAUCUUUCUCAAUUUGACUGGGAAGAAGCAUACAGAGGAUCUUGAAAGUCUACACACCCCUGCUCAGAUGGCAGGUUUUUGCAAUCUGGAAAAAAAAAAAGGUGCGUCUGAUAAAAAUUUAUUGAGUUGUACAGCAAAUAGGUGACAUUCACAAAUAUUUUGGUCCGGCAUUUGAACACGGGUGUGUAGACUUAUACAGUAAGUGAAAUGAUUUAACUGACGUGAAGGAAGCGUUUGAUUUACGCUCCGGUUAUUAUGAAUUUAAGGCCUCGUUGCUGCUAAAACGAUGGCUAUAAAACUGAAGUUGUCUUUAUUAUUGAAUGUGAACAAAUGAUAUGUGACAAUAAAGAUAUGUUUUGUUGAGGAA